AUGAAAUUGUCUAUCUUCUUCAUUGCAUUGAUGACUUCGGUCUCGUCCGCGGCCUCUACUCAAGAUCCAGGCCCAUCUCCUACUGCUUCAAUUGGCUGUGAGCCUCACGGAGACCACUGGCACUGUGACGGCCCAGCCUCAACAGAUGUGGCCUCAGUUACAUCAGCAAGCGAGGCCGAAGUGAGCACUACUGCUUCUCCCACAAUGCCCAGUCCUACCGAGUCUGUUGGUUGCGAGCCGCAUGGCGACCAUUGGCACUGCGAUGGCCCGGCCGAGACAGGUUCUGAGGCCGAAGUGAGCACCACCUCCGCCACUGCUUCUCCCACAAUGCCCAGUCCUACCGAGUCUGUUGGUUGUGAGCCGCAUGGGGACCACUGGCACUGCGAUGGACCGGCCGAGACGGGUAGUGCCUCCGCUAGUGCCUCCGCUAGUGCCUCCGCUAGUGCCUCCGCGAGCCCCUCUACUAGCUCUGGAGAUGAGGAAGGCGGUGCUGGAUCAAUUGGAGUGCAAGUUUCCCUGCUUGUUGGAUUGUCCCUUGUCGCUGCUGGUCUGAACCUUUGA